AUGCACGUCAACCUAUUCCUCUGCGCCGCCGUCUACAUAUUUGUUAGGGCGACCGCCGACGCCGCCACCGCCGAUAAAAUCCUCGACGCGAGGGUGGUACAAGGCUCCUCUGAGGAUGAAGCGGGGAAGAAGGCGGCGAAACUCAACAAUCGAGAUGUGAUUGCAGGUGUAUGUUAA